AUGAUCGAUGACCAGCUAAACUUCAACAGCCACGUCGAAUAUGCCUGUAUGAAGGCUUCGAAGGCCAUCAACGCGAUAGCUAUAAUCAUGCCGAGAAACGCUGGUCCCAUCAGUAGCAAGAAGCAUUUUCUGUCCAGUAUGUUGUCGUCGAUACUGAGGUAUGAAGGUCCAACCUGGGUUCCAGCGCUGGAAACGAAGCAGAACCAAAGGAAACUGAGCAGUACGUUCCGGUUCAUGGCCAUGCGAGUCGGGAGUGCGUACAGAACCAUCUCGUCGGAAGCAGUAUGCGUUUUCGCCGGAAUGAUCCCUGUCGGCAUCGCCCUGGCGGAGGAGAGCGAGUGCUACACUACAGGCGGAGAGAUGCCGGAAGAGUUAGAAAAGUUGUGA